AUGGUACCAAGUUAUCUAACGACGCUUUUGUUGGUGCUGUUCGCAUUAGUUAGGGAAGUGGUUCUUAUUAGUCCGGAAAGCAGAAGUGGUGAUUCGAAGGGAUAUUCCAACAUGCAUUCGCGUGCAUUAGCUUUCCCUGGGAUGACCACGCUUCAGAUUACAAUGUGUACCGUGACGAAUGGGCGGUUGUUCAAAUCGCCCACCAAAGAUUAUCCCGUGCGCCGGUUGGGUAUUAAUCUUGGAUUCCAGGUCAACUACAAUCUUCCGUUCAACCUGAUGGCCUUCUACAAACCAACCUACUGGGCCCGAGCCUUGGUUGGUAUUGUGGAAGGCAGAUUUCAACCAACGACCGUUGUGUCCGCUCGCGACUUCAAACGCUCGGUUACCCACCGAAAUUCAGACCUCACGGCUGGUCAGCUCUAUCGUGCUGUUGAAGAGCUCAUGGACGCUAUGGAAUUUGGUUCCGAUUGCUUGGCCAAAAGUGUUUGCGAACUAGCACACAGCCCUUUCCAUCGUGACGCCAACCAGGAAGAUUUGCUUGUCGAAAUUGCACAUUUCUUGCUAACACCAUCUGUGCAUCGGUCUUUCGGAGACGCAGAGUACCGGGAUCGCAUCAAGUACGAGAUGGCCGAAAAUUUGGGGUUUUUUGGACGAUUUAAAGGUUAUAAGAAGGAAUUCAAGUCGCUUCCCACCUCCGGCCGUUGUUUCCUUUGCAAAAGUGGGUCGGAAAAGUGUAAGUUACUUGGAGGACCGCUACCAGCUGCAGUGCGAAAGAUCCACGAAACGAAGCUGAAAUCAGCAAAAAGAAUCUUAAAUCCUUUCGCAACGCUGUGGGAACCAGUGAACCGGCUCACAAACAACUGUGUCUCAAAAGGAAACCAUCGAAAACCGCACCGCUAUCAUCACGACAAGGUUCGGGGUCCAACUCACAUCCCCAACAUAGAAGAGGGCUACAUCUUUAGGACACAGAAAGCUAGACUGGGGUAAAUCGUUAUCGAAGAGGAAGGAGUGUGGCCUCCGCGCCACCAUAUGGAU